AUCCGGGCCUAGCUCGGCCCGUAGAGCGACAGCCUACUCGCUAGAUUAUCUUCUUAGUCUUUACGUCUUCAUACAAUACUUUCCAUACUUAACUUUAAUACUUUCUUUCUCCUCGAUGUAUCGAGCCCUACCUUUAACGCGACACUUCUACUACCGUUAGCGCCGAUACUCUCUUCGUCCUCCACGGCCUUUGUUUAGUUUAGCACGAAGUAGACCUUACUACUCCGUCCCUUUCGAUAGAGUGACCUUAAUGGGCUUUCGUUGGGCCCGUCGCUUUGCUGGCGCACUCAGAGGUGUACUCCGGUAUCUUUUCUGUGCGACCGAUAGUUCAGCCCGGCGUAGCAGCUUGGAACACGACCCACCCUUUCCUCCAGGUUCGUUGCAAUAUCUAGCUGCCGGCAAGACUGGUAUUGUCUACGCUAUCGACUCGGAAAGAGUAUGGAAAGAGUUUGAGUCUCGUGAAGAUGGGGAAGUCGAGCGCCGCGUCUAUAAGCGCCUAGGCUUACAUCCAAAUAUUGCAAAACUCUUGCUCGUCCGUGCCGAUGGCUCGAUUAUUCUCGAGCGCGGAACAGCAAUUCGCGAUAUACUUCGAGAUUGUCGUGCUACGGAUUUAUCAAUUACAACGAAAGUCGACUGGCUGAUAGGUGCCGCGCGAGGUUAUCAGUAUCUUCACGACAACGCGAUAAUCCAUGGCGAUGUUGGAUGUAACAAUCUAAUCCUAGCAAGGGAUGGUAAUGUUAAGCUCAUUGACUUCGAAGGAUGCAGUAUCGACGGUGGGACAGCGGAUUCAUGCUAUGAAUGGUUCAGCUAUCGGCGAGCGGACCCUUACGUCAGCCGCACCACGGAUAUCUUUGCCUUUGGCUGUGCGGUGUAUGAGAUCAUUACCGGCAAGCCUCCUUAUCACGAGUUUGAAUCGCUAGCGGAUUGCGGUGCACAUGUUCAGCAGCUCUACGCAGCAUGCCAGUUCCCAGAUGUAGCAGGUGUUCCACUAAGCAAUGUAAUAGAAAAGUGCUGGCACGGAGGCCUGGAGUCAAUGGAUGCAGUGAUUCAAAAUUUAGAAGUCUCAAAAGCUAAUCUUAAAGUCAGAGGCCCUCUCCAUUAAGAUGAGUACUACAACUAUGUCUUCCAUAUCCUCAGUCGGUCGUUCUAGUAAAUCAUCUCCUUUAUAUAUAAGCCUCUUAUAGCUGUACGUCUCUC